CAUGGAACUUGCUCUCCUGGCAUCUAGUCGGAAGAGAGAACCAGCAUGAACGCUCUGAAGGCUGUCGUGUUCCUCGGCCUCUUGGCCACCUCCUUCGCUGGCCAGGUCGGCUAUGGCCACGGCUAUGGCGGCCUCGGCUAUGGCGGCCUCGGCUACGGCGGCCUCGGCUACGGCUACGGUGGCCUCUCCUACGGCACUGGCGUCGGCCACGUGCUCGGUGGAGGUCUCGCCCUCGGCCACGCCGUCCACCACGCCCCGGCUGUGGCCACUUACUCCGCUCCAGCCGUAACCGCCGUCCACCAUGCUCCGGCAGUCUCCUACGCUGCCCGCCCCGCCGUUGCCGUCGCCCGUUACGCCGCCGCUCCGGCUGUCAGCUACGCCGCCGCCCCGGCUGUCAGCUACGCCUCGUACGCCGCUCCCGCCGUAACCGCCGUCCACCAUGCUCCGGCAGUGUCCUACGCUGCCGCCCCUGUGGCCGUUGCCCGCCCCGCCGUUUCAGUCGCCCGCUACGCCGCCGCCCCGGCUGUCAGCUACGCCUCGUACGCCGCUCCCGCCGUAGCCGCCGUCCACCACGCUCCGGCCGUCUCCUACGCCGCUCCCGCUGUUGCCGUGGCCCGCCCCGCCGUUACCGUCGCUCGCCAAUCCUACACCGUCGCUUCUGCCCCGGCUGUUAGCUACGCCUCGUACGCUGCUCCCGCUGUAACCGCCGUCCACCAUGCUCCGGCCGUCUCCUACGCCGCCGCCGCCCCUGUGGCCGUUGCACGCCCCGCUGUCAGCUACGCCUCCUACGCCGCUCCCGCGUAUGCCGUCGCUCGUCCCGCUGUGGCUGCCGUCCACGCUGCCCCAGCCGUGACCGCCGUCCACCACGCUCCGGCCGUCUCCUACGCCACCGCUCCCGCCGUGACUGCUGUGCACGCUGCCCCAGCCGCUGUCGGCUACGGCAGCACCUUCGGCCACGUCCUCGGCGGUGGUCUCGCCCUCGGCCACGCUGUCGCUGCCCCGGCUGCCGUCUCCACCACCGUUCACCACGCCGGUCCGGCUUUUGCCACCGCCCCAGUUGCCACCUAUGGUGUUGGCUACGGCCACGGUCUGGGCUACGGUCUCGGAUACCACGGCCUCGGCUAUGGUCUCAGCCCCGGCUACGCCCUUGGUGGCUACAACUACGGCCUCGGCGGCUACAGCUACGCCCUCCACAAGAAGAAGUAAACGCUGAGAGCAAGGAGAUAGACGACACCGCUAGGAAGGAUCGCGUCAGGACCGGCUGGCAAGACCUGCACUUCAGACUAUUUAUGCUGGUUCUCCGUGUUCCGAUAAUAAAAGGUUGUCAGAAUGAAAACAA